UGUCUGAUGGCAAAUAAUUACGCAGAACUGAGUGGUUACACGGAAAAUGUUGCAACGCCACGUAUUCCUCUUCUUUAGGCUUUGGACGUUUCCUGGCAUUGUGGUAGUUUUAAAAUGGUUUCAUCUCUUUUAUAUGUGAUUUGGAGCAAUGAAUGAACAAACUAAGCUUUAUAAGAGCUAAAGUGAGAGAAAUCCUAUUAGUUCGAAAUUAACAAGCUUAUUUUUCCUGACAAUAAUUCCAUGUGAAUGUCGCAUCAGAUGUGUCUACUAUUUAAAUUUGUAUUAGUAUUUUGUAUUAUAUGUGCAUGCACCAACUACUUUGCUUAAUCUAAACAUCCCAGGUUCGGUCCUGAAAGGUCUAACAUCUCCCAGGAUGCCAUGAAUUAGUGAUGAAUUCUCGAUUAAGUGAGAGAAACGUCGUUUAUGCAGUGUGUAACAAGUCAUUUAGACUAAAGCGCUAUUUAAACUAUCAUAUACAUAUCGAAACAGGAAAGAAACCUCAUAUAUGAAGUCAUUUAGACAGUAUGGUUCUUUAGACAAGAAUCUGCAUGUACGUAUAGGAGAAAAAAAUGUGUGUGUAAGGUAUGUAAAUAUUCAUUUGGAAGAAAGAGCACCUUAAUCAUGAAUAAGCUUAGACAUGUGGGAAAGAAACCUUAUAUAAUGAUAUGUAAUAAGUCAUUUACUCUAAAGGGUUAUUUAAGAAACCAUAUACUCCUUCACACAGGAGAGAAACCCCAUGUGUGUGAGAAAUGUAAUAAGUUAUUUAUUUGAAAAGCUCGUUUAAACAAACAUAUACUUAUUCACACAGGAAAGAAACCUUAUGUGUGUGAGGUAUGUAACAAGUCAUUUACUCAAAAAAUUCAUUUAUAUAACAAUAUGCUUCUUCACAGAGGAGAGAAACUCCAUGUGUGUGAGAUAUGUAAGAAGUCAUUUACUCAAAAAGGAAAUUUAAACAAGCAUAUGUCCCUUCACACCGGAGAGAGACCUCAUGUGUGUGACAUAUGUAACAAGUCAUUUGCUGAAAGAUCUAAUUUAAAGAAGCAUAUAUUUAUUCACACAGGAGAGAAACCUCAUCUGUGUGAGGUAUGUAACAAGUCAUUUGCUCAAAAAUAUGAUUUAAAGAAGCAUAUAUUUAUUCACACAAGGGAAAAACCUCAUCUUUGUGAGGUAUGUAAUAAUACAUUUGCUGAUAAACCUCAUUUAAACAACCAUAUGCUUAUUCACAGAGAAGAGAAACCAUAUGUGUGUGAGAUAUGUAAGAAGUCCUUUACUCGAAAAGGAAAUUUAAAGAAGCAUAUGCCCUUCCACACAGGAGAGAGACCUCAUGUGUGCGAGGUAUGUAACAAGUCAUUUGUUCAAAAAUGUAAUUUAAACAACCAUAUGCUUCUUCACACAGGACAGAAACCGCAUGUGUGUCAGGUAUGUGACAACUCAUUUGCUCAAAAAAGUCAUUUAAACAACCAUAUGUUACUUCACAGAGGAGAGAAACCUCAUGUAUGUGAGGUAUGUAACAAGUCAUUUGCUCAAAAAGGUGAAUUAACAAGACACAUGCGUAUUCACACUGGAGAAAAACCUCAUGUAUGUGAGGUAUGUAACAAGUCAUUUGCUCAUAAACCUACUUUAAACAGCCAUAUGCUUCUUCACACAGGAGAGAAACCUCAUGUGUGCCACGUAUGUGACAACUCAUUUGCUCAAAAAAGUCAUUUAAACAACCACAUGUUACUUCACAGAGGAGAGAAACCUCAUGUGUGUGAGAUAUGUAAGAAGUCCUUUACUCGAAAAGGAGAUUUAAACAAGCAUAUGCCCCUCCACACAGGACAGAGACCUCAUGUGUGCGAGGUAUGUAACAAGUCAUUUGUUCAAAAAUGUAAUUUAAACAAGCAUAAGCUUCUUCACACAGGAGAGAAACCCCAUGUGUGUGAGGUAUGUAGUAAGUCAUUUGCUGAAAAAUGUAAUUUAAAAAGCCAUAUACGUAUUCACACCAAAGAGGAACUCCAUAAGGUAAAUUUGUAACAAAUCGUUUGAGCCAUAGAAAAAUUAAGACUUGUGUUUACACAUAAUAAGAAGGCUAAUGUUUUUUUGUGGAAAAGUUAGAUUAAUAAGAACCUUUGGUUAUGUGUGCAGUAAAGACUUGUCCAUGCUGUAUAGAAAUGUCUUUGUAUGUUUUGUGUUCAACUUGUCAUUUCAUUUAAAUUCUGAAUAAAUCAUUUAUUUCUUUUUGCAAGAGA